CCUCCCCCCUAAAUGCAAUGUUAAACAAACCCAUUCACACAUUCAUUACAACAUUCACUCCACCCCUGCUCCCUUCUCCUACCCUCCAUGGACAACAUAGAGGGAUCCAGCCUUCGCCGGCGGCCUUCCCGUGCCACGGCAGUUGGACACUUUUUCGGCGUGUUGGCUGCAAUUCUCUUGCUCACCUGGCUGUUGCAUUUUCGUGGCGGUCUUGAUCUAGAUUCGGAUAACAAGGAUAAAGUUUUCAAUGUACAUCCAUUUCUAAUGUAUGCCGGAUUUGUUUUUCUCGCCGGAGAAGCAAUUAUGGCCUAUAAAACGUUCCCCAUGGAGAAGAAGGUUCGGAAGUUUAUUCACAUGUUGCUUCACCUUGUUGCUAUUGUUCUGGGAAUUGUGGGAAUCAAUGCUGCCUUCAAGUUUCACAAUGAGGUUGGGAUACCAAACAUGUUUAGUUUGCAUUCAUGGCUAGGCAUGGGCACCUUCUGCUUGUUCUGUUUGCAGUGGUUGUAUAGCUUUGUCACCUUCUUUUUCCCCGGAGCAGAAGUUUCAACGAGGGGGAGGAUGCUUCCAUGGCACAAGGUUGGAGGUAGGACUCUGUUAUACAUGGCGGUGUGCACAGCAGAGAGCGGGCUGAUGGAGAAAGCAACAGUCAUGAAUUUGAGGCAUGGCACUGAAUCUCGCCUGAUGAACUUCACUGGACUAGCCAUCCUUUUCUUUGGCAUUGCAGUGGAUUUCACCAUCAGCGUCAGAGUAUCAACUAUUUGAUUUAAUUUUUCUGUGUUUUUCUAAUGUAUGGAUUUUCUUUCUUUCCUUUCCUUUAUAAUUGAAAGUUCCAUUGAUACAACUGAACAAGAUUCCUUUUGAUUUGGUUUAUAUACAAGAAUUAUUUGAAAAGGAUACAUAAUAAAAGAGGGUGUUUGUUUCUGUGCA